CUGCUCUCGUUAGCUCACAUUUACAACGUGACAUUAGAGCCAGAUGUGUGUUGCGCAACUCCGCUGAUCCGAGCACAGAAAUCCAAGGUCCAACUAUAGUUGGUGAUCUUUCUCAACGAGACUCAGUCCUUCCUGAGCAGAUCAACAGAUUAGUGGCUAAACGCUGUCAUUAAAGAUGGGAGACUGGGGAUUUCUGUCAACCUUGCUGGAAAAAGUCCAGUCACACUCCACUGUGAUUGGCAAGAUCUGGAUGGUCGUCCUGUUCCUGUUCAGAAUCAUGGUUUUGGGUGCAGGUGCUGAAAGCGUCUGGGGUGAUGAGCAGUCAGAUUUCAUCUGCAACACUCAGCAACCUGGUUGCGAGAAUGUGUGCUAUGACUGGACUUUCCCCAUCUCGCACAUUCGUUUCUGGGUGCUCCAAAUCAUCUUUGUCUCCACGCCAACACUCAUCUAUCUGGGCCACGCCGUGCACAUCAUCCACAAGGAGAACAAGCUGAGGGAGCUGCUCUCCAGCCCUGGUGGCACCCAGUGCAAAAGGCCCAAAUACACAAAUGAAAGGGGGAAGGUGCAAAUCAAGGGGAAUCUACUGGGGAGCUAUCUGACCCAGCUUGCGGUCAAGAUAGUUAUUGAGGCCGGCUUCAUUGUGGGACAAUACUAUUUGUACGGCUUCGUCAUGGUCCCCAUGUUCCCCUGUUCGAAAAAGCCCUGCCCCUUCACUGUUGAGUGCUACAUGUCUCGACCCACAGAGAAAACCAUCUUCAUUAUUUUCAUGCUGGUGGUGGCCUGUGUUUCUCUGGCUCUGAACGUCAUUGAGAUGUUCUACCUCAUUUGCAAAAGGGUCAGGUGUAGACGUCGCCCUCAGAAGUUUACCUCUCCAGAAUAUCCUGCUAGCCUCUCAGGUCCAAGAUGGCCAACUACAGAGGAAGCCCUCAAGCAGAACAGGAUGAACGCAGAUCUUGAAGCCAGCCACAGUAUUGCAGGGAGCUUGGAUGGGGCCAAGGAUGAGAAACGACUACUGAGUGGUCAUUAAAAACCACGUCUGUGACAAUUAAAAUGUAUUAUCUUGCUCAGUGCCUGCAUUCAGAUACAUCCAAGGGACUGAAAGACAAUAGAAAAGCUUUGUCAUUCUGCAUUAAUAUGUUAGUAUGUGCUUAGAAAAGUCUUCACAGAAUACAUUGUUGUAUUUUUACUUAUAUAUUCUUCUAGUAUUUGCUUCCAUUCCAUUGUAUAUGCCUGAAAAUCUAUUAAUAAAAGGUGCAAUACCAACAUAUUUAUAUUAUAAGAGGAAACUUUAGCUGCCAGUUGUAUUCUGCAAAAUCAUCAAAUGCAGCAAUUUACUGUAACAUAGAUUAUAGCAGGAAAACUGUAAGAUAAACAGUAAACUACUAGUAAUCCUGCCAUCAGUAUUCUGCUGACAAUAUAAAAAUUGUAACAGUUUAAUGAGAAAAACUGUCUGUAUGCCCGGUCAUUGAACGUGUUCUCUAAGUUAUUGUCUUGUUCAUUUUCUAUAACUUGAUUUACCUACUGAAAGAUAAGAAUGAUGGUUGUUUGUUAUGUGUAAGCAGCUUUUUUCUAUGCUUAUUUGUUUGAAAUAAAUGACUUGAACUUGA